GUCCCCAGUCGUGAGCCACGAACAGGAAACCAGCUCCACACACGUGAAACACUCAGCCAUAACAUCUGACACAAGAUGGACAUUACAGAGGUUCCCGUGAGUAAUAACAAUAAAGGUAAGAAAAAGGAGUAUAAGAAGCCAAAGAACAAGAGUGUGACAAAGGAGCGAAAUGCAGUGGAGCCGAAGCUGGAGCCGAAGCUGGAGGCGAGCGAGGCUGCCUUCCCCCCCACCUUCAGUGUGUCCGAAAUCAAGAAUAAACAGCGAAGACACCACAUGUUCAUGAAAUUCAAGCUGGAGAAAAGCAAGCUAAAGUUGCAAGUGAAGAAAAAGAAGAAAAAAGAAAGGGAAGCUUUAGGUGACAAGGCACCACCUAAAGAAGUCCCAAAGACGAUAGAAAACCAGAGGGUUUACGACGAGACAACAGUCGACCCAGAAGAUGAAGAGAUUGCAUUUGACGAGGGAACUGAUGAAUUUUCUGCCUAUUUCAACGGGUUGACAAACCCAAAAGUGCUCAUCACAACAUCGGACAGACCAAGAGGGAGGACGGUGAGAUUUUGUGAGCAGCUGGCCACAGUAGUCCCGAACGCCCACGUGUACUACAGAAGAGGUUUGGCCCUGAAGAAGAUCAUCCCUCAGUGCGUCGCCAGGAACUUCACCUACCUCAUGGUCAUCAAUGAAGAUCGCAAAAUGCCCAAUGGAUUGGUUCUUUGUCAUCUUCCUGAUGGGCCAACUGCACACUUCAAGAUCAGCAGCGUUCGACUACGCAAGGAGAUGAAGAGACGAGGCAAAGAUCCAACUGAACACUCCCCCGAGGUGAUCCUCAACAACUUCACCACACGUCUGGGCCACAGCAUCGGCCGGCUGCUCGCUGCCCUCUUCCCACAGGACCCUCAGUUUGUGGGUCGACAGGUCGCCACCUUCCACAACCAGAGAGACUUCAUCUUCUUCAGGUUUCACAGGUACAUCUUCAAGAAUGAGAAGAAGGUUGGUAUUCAAGAGCUCGGCCCUCGCUUCACCCUCAAACUCCGCUCUCUCCAGAAAGGCACCUUUGACUCAAAGUUUGGAGAGUAUGAGUGGGUCCUUAAGCGCCAUGAGAUGGAUGCCUGCAGAAGGAAGUUCCAGAUUUAAGUGCAAAAUAACAUCCAGCGCUUUGGGUCAGGAAAGGACGGCCGUGUAUAUUAUCCAAUAAAUUACUACCGUUUGUGACAAAUGGACUUUAUAGUGGAUAUCCGGUUCUUUGUGGACAACCAUUUACUUUGAUGUGCAGCUUUGAUCACAUCAUGCUAGAUUCACACUUGUCCUGAAAGGGACCUUUACUGUAUAAAGCUGUAUCUGUAUACCAAGUGUGGGACAGCUGCCUGUUGGAAAGACUUUCACACAUUGGCAGAAAACCAGAGGAUAAAUGCAGCCCUCCACAUGGACCCAAUAACCUGAACAAUUUGACCCGUGAGUGAAACUCAUUAAUGGAUCCUUUUAAAUGUAUCUCGAAACGUAAUGAAUGUGACCCAAAUUAAAUUCAGAAAAUGUGAGCUUUUCCUGGUCACAACCUGUAGUCCAUGCAGACAUACUGUUACGUCCUGUGUAAAUAACACAAUGAGCCGUGAAUUAAGUGAAACCGUGUCUGGAAAUUGGUAGAUGGUUCCAAUUGUGUCUACAGUGCUUUUGUAUUUCAUAGAGAUUUGAAAAUAAGAUACAUUGAACACAUUUGCUGCAACUUAAAAAUGUGGAAAAUACAUUUAUUUAUUCUCAAAAAUCAGGCAUGGAACAUUUUACAAUUCAAAAAGGCACGAUUUGGGUUAGUUAUUUCCAAGCAAGAAGGUUAAGACUUGUAUUGUGCCAUAUAAGCACCUGGAAAUGUUUCUAUCACAGUUUACAAAGGCAAGCAUUAAAAAAAAAAAAACCUUAGGUUAGUUUCUUGUUCGCAAAUUCCCAUACGCUCCUGAGACGAAUCAGUCCACAGCGCAAGUCCAACAACGCUUCACAAUGUCCAAAAACCUGCAAGAAUGUCACAUGCAUUAGUUGGACCCAAUGAGAAUUUUACUUGAAGAUACUGCAGUACUGUACACCUACAAUCAAGAUACAACAAUUGUCCCCAAAGUGUAUGGGCUCUAACAGGAUGAUUGAGAGUGGAGCAUAAAAAGAAGCUGUGUGAAAAUUAAAUAUGUUUUUUUAAGUUGACUAAGAUACUGCAAACAA